UGACAGUAUGACAUGUAUAGUUGCAUUGUGACAGUAGUAAGUACUGUCAAGUGCGACGUGUUUUGCGCAUUGUAACGCUAAGUAAUUAAACGAAUACAUUUUUGAUAAGAAUACAUGAAGUAUAAAAAUGUGUAGAAUGUUAUUUUUAUAAAUUCUUUGAUACAGAGCUAAUAAAUAUUUAUCUGUACCUCAGAGAAAAUUAUUAUGACAAUCAAGAAGAAAUUAAACAUAAAUGCUUAUAGAAAUUCUAAUUAUAUGUAAUCAAGGCUCCACAAAUGAAUGUGUAAAAGAGUUUACAUUAUAAUUUGGUUGUCAGAGUUACGUGUUUAGCACAUAUUAUAUUCUAGUAGAAUAUAUACAUGUUGAUUCAUAGAUCAAUGUUUAUAAUAUAUUCAUUGUACUUUUAUGAACUUUCAAUGGCAUUCUGUAACUUAUCAGUUUGCAUACACAAAGCAUAUAUACAUUGAUUAUGCAAAGUCAUGGAAGUCCUCAAUUAAAUUUAAUAACAUCAGAAGAUCAAAAUGGCAAAUAACAUGAGGACUUUUGCUUUACUUUUAUAUAAAAAUUUAUUAAUACGAUGCAGACAUUGGAAGACAACAAUAUUUAUACAAUGUUUGAUACCUAUUGCUUUGUUUGUAUUGAUACAAGCUGUGAGAGAUUUUAGUGUACAACCACCUAGAGUGAUUAAUGAAAGUACAUAUUAUCCUAUAUACACCAAAGAUGAAUUGACUUUGAUAAACAGGGAUUUGACAUUUUUAUACUUUGUGCCACAGAAUUCAUAUACAAAGAAUAUUGUGCAUAACACCAGAAUGUGUUUGGGAUUACCACAAGAAAGUGUAGCUGGAUUUUCAUCUGAAGAUGAUAUGAUUAAUGCUUAUACAAUUCUACAUGCUGAAGCUCCUGCUGUUGAAGUGUUAGCUCUUGUGUUUGAACAAUACAAUACAACUGCCAUAAAAUAUAAAAUCAGGCAUCCCAUAGAUAUUCCAAAAACAUUGUUCCAAAACACAUUUGAUCAGUCUACAAUAUAUUUUAAUCUUAUACCAUUUGUACAAUUGCAAAUGUGUGUUGAUGAUUCUUUUAUAAAUCACACAUCACAUUCCAUGAUUGAAAGAAUGGUGUCCAUACAAAGAAUGCCAUAUCCUCCAUAUGUUAAAAUAGAUGAAUCAGAUAUAUUACUAAGAGUGGGAAUAUGUAUGUUUGCAGUCAUUGCAUUUUUAAUUCCACUAUGUAUAGAAACAAAUUAUGCAACAAAAGAAAAAUAUAUUGGAGUAAAUGUUUUAAUGGCAAUGAAUGGAGUAAAACAUUACCAAAAUCUACUAAGUUGGUUAAUUACUGGCAUAUUGUUCAGUAUUUUUUAUAUAGUUCCAAUAAUAAUAUUAUUUAAAAAUACUUUCUCUGGAAAUGUAGAUCCAUAUUUGUAUCAUAGCAACACUUUUAUAUUUUGGCUAAUAUUUACAGUACAUAUUGCCCAUUUAAUAUCAUUUGGUAUGCAUGUUGCUGCAUAUUUUUCAAAACCGCGUUUCGUAAUAACUACACUGUCAGUUAUUUACACUGCUUCUUUCUCACUUCAUGGAAAUUUAGUAAAAGUAGGAGUAUUAUCGAUAAUACCGUAUUUGGGAAUAUUGUUUCCAAAUAUAUUUCUGUAUAGAUUCCUGGAAGAAGUCAAUGCAUAUGAAACUCGAUUAAUCGGUAUUCAGUGGUCAAAUAUGUUUAUUGCGGGGGAUACACAAUAUAAUAUUGGUGGAUGUGUUGGAUUUAUAUUACUUUUUUCUCUGUUGGGUACUUUGUUACACUUUUCCUUAGCAUUAUACAUCAAUGCUAUAUUCCCAGGAAAAUACGGAGUACGUAAAAAGCCAUUUUAUUUUCUAAAGUAUUUGAGGAAAAAUAAAGUAUAUCUUGAUGAGGAUAUGGAAGAUUUUGAUUAUGAUAAAGAAGAUAAUGAGAACUUUGAACCUGUAACAAAAGGUGCACUUACUCCUGGAAUUCAGAUCCGUAAUCUUAAGAAAACGUAUAAUACUAGCUGUUUUCGAAAAUCGGCAGUCCAUGCAUUGAAAGGUAUUUCAGUCGAUUUAUAUAAAGGACAAAUAACAGCUUUAUUAGGACAUAAUGGAGCUGGAAAAACUACACUUAUGUCCAUUUUAACAGGUGUAAUAAGUCCUACUGAAGGAAAGGUUCUUAUAAAUGGCAGAAAUAUUGCAAAACAUUUAGAAGUUAUUAGAAAUGAUUUGGGAUUAUGUCCACAAGAAAAUAUGGUUUUUCCUGAUUUGAGUGUGUUCGAACAAUUGGAAUUUUUCGGUCUAUUGAAAGGUAUAAAUAAAACGAGGAAAGAAAUUCGACAAAAUAUUAAUAUGCUCCUUGAUAAAUUAAAAUUGAAUGAAAAAAGGAACGUUCUUCCAAGUACAUUAUCUGGAGGGCAAAAGAGAAGACUGUGUCUUGGGAUGGCUCUCGUCGGGGAUGCUAGUAUUAUAAUUUUGGAUGAACCAACAUCAGGAAUGGAUCCUGAAACUAGAAGAGAUAUCUGGGAUGUUAUAUUAAAAAUAAGAGGGAAGAAAACAAUUUUGAUUAGUACACACAACAUGGAAGAAGCUGACAUACUUGGGGACAGAGUUGCUAUUGUACACGGAGGUCGAUUAAAAUGUUAUGGUACAACCAUGUUUUUAAAAAAGCAAUAUGGCUAUGGUCAUUUAGAAGUCACUUUAUCAACUAAGUCAUGGUGUAAUUCAGAAAAAGUUAUAAAUAAGUUCGAUGCAAGAACACAACAAAUAAAUGUGGACAGUGAAAAGAUUGUUUUAAGUGUACCAAACACUGACACAUUACCACAAAUUCUAGAUAAAAUCGAAAAUCAGAAAAAGAAAUUGGGCGUUACUGGAAUCAGCGUUUCACUUAUUACUUUAGAAGAAGUAUUUUUAAAAGUGAUUAAGAAAGAAGAGAAAGAAAAACAUUUAAAUGAAAUAUUCUAUUCCCCAUUGCAAAAAGUACAAGGAUGGUCCUUAUGUAUGCAAACAAUUUUGGCACUGUAUCAUAAAAAAUUAACUUACACUAAAAAAAAUAUAACCCAUACAUUGUUGACACUGUUUUUACCAAUUUUAUCGGUCGUAUUAAUGGCUUUGAGCUAUAAUACGCCUCGCGAUUCGACGGAUGUAUUUCCGCUUGAACUUGAUAUGUAUAGACAUCCUAAAGCUCUAUAUUCGUCUAAAGCUGAAAAAUGUGGUAUGCAUUAUAAAGAUUCAGUAGAUUAUUUUGGUGGGUUUGCAGAAGAAGUGCAGCAAAAUACAAGUGUUUCACAAGCUUUAUUGGAUCAUGCUCUUCAAGAUAUUGCCUCAUAUCGUAACAAUUAUAUUGUUUCCGCGGAAUUUAAUGUUUCCGACGAUAAUGCCGCUAUACUCGCUAAUGGUUUUUAUUCUGGUAUUGCGGUUCACAGUGUACCAUUAACUGUGAAUCUGUUAUCGAACGCGUUAAUCAAACGUUUUGCUGGUGACGAAUACUCUAUCCGUGUUUCAAGCCAGCAGUUACCAAACCCUUUAUCUGCAACAAUAUUAAUGCCAGAAGCGGAAUCAUUGUCACGAGUAUUGGUGUUUUGUAGCUUCUUCUUCCCUACUGUAGCACUUUUUGUUAUCCAUCCUUUUCAAGAAAUGGAAACUAGAGUAAAGCAGCUUCAAAGAAUGACGGGAGUCACGUCUUUCUCAUACUGGGGCACGAUGUUUUCUUUCGAUUUUUUAAUUCUCACAAUGUCUAUAGUUAUUAUCAUGCUAGGCUUUUAUAUCAUGGAUAUUAUCUUAGAUAUUCGCCUGUAUUACCGCACAGAAACACUGAUUAUGAUACUAUUAUUAGUAUUAUUUGGGAUUAAUUCUUUAUUUAUAACAUACAUCUUUAGUUUUGUCAAUAAAUCAAGAAAUACUGUGGUAACCAUAUUGAGUCUUGUACCUGUUGGAUUUGUUUUGUUUCAAUAUCUUCUGCACGAAGUGGUACAUAGUUUUGACCGUUUGAGGAUUCUACAUGCAAUACAGAAACGGAUAUUCCGUCUGAUACCUCAUGUAAGCCUAUUUCAUGGUCAAUUAUCUUUCUUCAACGUAGCUGUACAAAAUGCGAGAUGCCGUCGAUUACCAAAACGAUUGCAGGAUGUAGUUUGCCUGGGUUUUAAGGAUGUUUGUUGUGAUUUGGAUUGCGUAGAUGGAGUCUGUAGGAACCAGCUUCCGUAUUUUUCUAACGAUAACAGUGAUAUGAGCCUGACAGAAUGCGUUGUAUAUUUGUCGGUCACGCCAUUAAUAUAUUUUGCUGUACUUAUUAUUUUAGAAGAACGAUUGAUCGACAAAUUAUACGCUAAAAUGUUCGAUCAAAAAUUAAAAAAUGCCUGUGUUAUAAAAGAUGAAGAGGUAGAAAAGGAGAAAUAUGCAGUAGCAUUAGAAAUAAAGAAGCUAACGAAUAGUAAUGCAGUAUUUCCGGAAGGUGUAGGAAGGACAAUCAGUGGGAAAGAAAAAGGAACGACAACGUCUACCGUCAAAUUGAAUGCUCUCGAAAGUCCAGAAACUAAUGACGAUAGUCUGUUCUUGGUUUAUGAAUUAAGCAAAUAUUAUGGAAAAUUAAUGGCAGUACAAGAAAUCAAUUUUCGAGUGAAGCAACGAGAAUGUUUUGGAUUACUUGGCGUUAAUGGUGCCGGAAAGAGCACCACGUUUAGAAUGUUGACCGGCGAAGAAAUGCCAAACAGUGGUAUCAUGUACUUAGGAAAUUCAGAAAUACGUACAGAUAGGAAGAAUUACCUUGCUCAAAUGGGCUAUUGUCCACAAACUGACGCACUACUCAGUUCUUUGAAUUCAUUCGAUCAUUUGCGAUUGUUCGCCUUGCUUCGUGGUAUACCGAGUUCCAAGGUGGACUUAGAAGUCAAUAAAUGGAUCAAUCGUCUGAAUUUAAAUGCUUGCAUGCAUCAACCAAGUGGUACUUACAGCGGUGGGAAUAAACGACGUUUGAACAUCGCAAUGGCUUUAAUUGGAAAUCCGACUCUCGUUCUGUUGGAUGAACCAACAACGGGCGUCGACCCUGCUGCUAGGAGAUCAUUGUGGAAUAUUCUCCAAUCCUGCCAAGCAAUGGGACAAGCUAUUAUACUUACUUCUCACAGCAUGGAAGAAUGCGAGGCUCUGUGCAAUAGGCUAGUCAUUAUGGUGAAAGGUCAAUUGGUUUGCAUUGGUGCAAGCCAGGAAUUGAAGCAACGAUUCGGCGCUGGUUACGAUAUUCACGUUAAAUUAAAUCCCAACCGAUCGGAUGACGAUGUGAGCAAUAUAAAAUCAAUUAUGGAAUCAUCUUUAACGUGUGAAAUCAGAGAUGAGAAUUUGGGAUUAAUUGCUUAUCAUGUAAAUGAUUCUGGAACGACGUGGGAAAAAAUGUACAGCACAAUGAAUAAUCUGACUGAACGGUACAGUUGUAUCGAAGAUUAUGCCGUUUUAUCGGCUACCUUGGAACAGCUAUUCAUUCAAUUCGCCAGGGGAACUGAAUUAAGGAGGUGCGAAGAACCUCUGGUAGACUACAGUACUCAAGCAGCGGUUGUUUAAAUACUUAAUGAUGAAUUACGUUUUUAAGGUUUUCGAAGCAUUUCAUUCCAAUUCAUAAAAGUAUUAUUAUGCGUGUAUGACGUGUAUUCGUAUGCGACUUAUAUUUUCGAUGUUGUGCGCUUAAACCUACAAAACAAAUCAAAUAUGUGUACAUAUAUAUAUAUAAUUUAUUUCUCAAAAUAUAUAAUAUGCAGCUGUAUUAAAA